AUGACUGCAGAGGGCGACGCUCUUUAUUACACCUUUCGGAUCUUGGCCCAUUUCCAGCGCCGUGUUUAUCAAACAGUCCCGUCAUCCCCGCACGCGAAAGCCAAACAAGCAGAGCGAGAUGCGUGCACUUGCAUCUACUCCGGACAAUCCGACGCUGGACAUCUGAAGGUGCUGAGAACGAGUCCGCCAAUUCUCAUGUGUUUUGCCAUUUCAACGCAACUCUCUCGUCUCGAUAGCUAUCCACAAGACGCGGUAGGACAAAUCAAGGAAAAGACACGGGCUAAGGGAAAAGCCAAACGCCGAAAAAAAAAAAUCUGUCGCAAGGACAGGAUCAACUAA